CUGCUCCGUCCUCACCUGUCACCUGUCUGUCUGCACGAUGCUGGGAGGCCUGGGGAAGCUGGCUGCUGAGGGCCUGGCCCACCGGACCGAGAAGGCCACCGAGGAAGCUGUCCAUGUCGUGGAGGGCGUGGUGAAGGAGGUGGUGGAGCACGCCAAGGAGGCUGGAGAGAAAGCCAUCUCAGAAGCCUUCAAGAAGGCCCAGGAGAAAGGAGACAAAGUCGUAAAGGAAGUCACCGAGACGGUGACCAACACGGUCACAAGUGCGGUCACCCACGCGGCGGAAGGCCUGGGUAGACUGGGACAGUGAGCCUGUGGCCGCCGGGAGGCUCUUCCUGAAUCUCAAUAAAAAGCUGUGAAUCGUG